CACCAACACGCGAGGAAGACCGUGGGUGGCGUCAUCAGCAGCAGCUUUAUAGCUUUGACUGGAGCGAAGAUGAACUGAUAAACGGCAGCGUCGGAGGCGAUGAGCAGAUUUGCUUCCUGUGGAAAUGGACUUCAUCCCUAAAUUCUCCUCUAAAGAUGAAGAAAUCGACUUCUGGAAGACCCUGUCGCUCAAGUACAAGAGCAGUUGCGAGGAGGCGCAGGAGGAGCUGCUGGAGUUUCAGGAGGGGAGCAGGGAGCUGGAGGCUGAGCUGGAGGCUCAGCUCAGUCAGGCCGAGCAUCGGAUGAAGGACCUGCAGUCUGAGAACCAAAGACUCAAGAAUGACAUUGACUCACUUAAGGAGAAGCUGGAGCAGCAAUACUCUCAGAGCUACAAGCAGAUCUCACUGCUGGAAGAUGAUCUGGGACAAACACGCAGCAUCAAGGAGCAGCUUCACAAGUAUGUUCGAGAGCUGGAGCAGUCCAAUGAUGACCUGGAGAGAGCCAAGAGGGCCACCAUAGUGUCUCUGGAGAACUUCGAGCAGCGACUGAACCAGGCCAUCGAGAGAAACGCCUUCCUGGAGAGUGAACUGGAUGAGAAAGAGUCUCUGCUGGUGUCUGUUCAGAGGCUAAAGGACGAAGCUCGAGACCUGCGACAGGAGCUGGCUGUCCGUGAGCGGCAGUCUGAUGUCUCCAGGAUGUCUGCACCCACCUCCCCCAUUCUGGACAAUGAGAAGAUGGACACGGCUGUUCAGGCCUCCUUAUCCUUGCCUGCUACUCCAAUGACCAAAGGACUGGACAACGACUUCAGCAGCAGCACAGCUCUCGCUAACACCUUUGGCAGCAGCUCCCCUUUGACCCCUUCAGCCAGGAUCUCAGCUUUGAACAUUGUCAGUGAUCUACUGAGGAAAGUCGGGGCCCUGGAGUCCAAACUGGCAGCCUGCAGAAAUUUCACCAAAGACCAGAAGACAAGAAAGCCACUCCCCGCCCUGGACAACGGCAACAUCCUCAAUGCCAACUACGCACUGCACUCGUCCUACUACGACAAAGCGACUGGGAUCGUCACCUUCCCGUCACUGAUUCUGGCCGGACCAUGAAUAGAGUGGAUCCAGGGAGCCUGACUGCCAUCACUGUACCUCCUGCUGCCUCCUCGACAGGCCUUGUCCCAUUGGCUGUGUAAUCCAGGUCUUCUACCAGCAGCUCCUGGAGACACAGCAACUGUUGACACUUCACUCGCCUUUGUCACUUAUGGACCUGUCUUUGUAUUAAAGUCUGUAUUUUUUCCGGUCCGAAACUCAACCUCCAUCACUCUGUGGGUCUGACACUUUGUCCAGAUGUUAUGCAAGUACCGUCCAAAUUUGUUUUUUAUUCUCCACUACUUCCAACUGACCUGAAGCCACACCCACAUCACCAUUUUAAAUAACCAAUGUAAUGCUGGCAAGAACCAAGACUACAUUGGCAGUGUGAACCCACAGAACUGAUGGUGGUUUGAAUGUCCAGAUAAUCAAUCUAGGACAGCACAACGUGCUUGGGGACCAUGUUGAAGGUGUAAUGAAGGAUCUGAAAGUGGCGCUUGGUAGACCAGAACUACAAUCCAGUUACCCACGUUCCUGCCCCACUAAUAUGACCUUUACUGUUCGCAGUGAUCCAUGUCAUGUGACCCAACUGUGUUGCCAAUUGAUGUUUUUAAAUGUACAGCAGAUAAUCUAAUCGUCUUUAUCAUGGACCCAUUUUGGAAUGUUCGGUAGCCUUAUGUGUCAAAAAUAGUUUCCCUUUGGCUGAACUUUCUCUUUACGAACUGACUUUGACUUACUGUACGAGCAAAGAAAUGUUCAGGUUUGGUCAUAUUGAUCAUUACUGAGCCACCAGAACAAACUUCACUGGUCUCUUUUUCACAAAAUCUUUACCAGUCCUGAACAUUAGAAUCACGCACGUUCACCUGCAGCUGUCGUCAUGAUUUACUGAACUUUAUCAUUUUUUGUUUCAAGUGCAAUAUUGUUUGUAUAUUUAUUUAUUUGUUUCUGGCAUGUUGAAAUAAAAUGUUUAUGACCCUGUAAGAACUGUGGAGUUUGAUUC